GUCAGAAUGUCAGAUGCUAUACUUAGGAUAAAACAGCGUAUGUACGAAGAUCCCGAAAGGCAUAUAGAAGCUGAUAUAAUCUACACGAAUUUGAUAAAAAAGGUCGUCAUGGAUGAAAUAACAAAGUUUCACAAUCUUCUUUUAAUGUAUAAAACGGAUAAAAGUAUCAAAGAGCAUUUGGGAGAAUGCGGUGGAAGAAUUUAUAAGUUUAUAAGUUAUAUGACGAUUAAAGUACACAUAUAUUGCUUGUUUGAUGCUCUGUGGAUAGAUGGCAAUCCUUAUGUGAUAGGCGAUGAAUAUUCUGUUACACCAGUAGAAGUGCCACCUAUGUUGCAGUGCGAUGCCGCUGAAUGCAAUUCUGUUGUAUUCGUUGAUUCAAUAACUGAACCGAAAGAUGUAGAAGAAUAGUUUAAAGAUAAUCUUGAAAGUGUCCGUUUGUUAUCGUCAUGUUAUUUUUCAAAUACUUCGCCGAUUGAAAUACAUAUGAAUAUGCUGAAGUUGAUUUUUUUUUCGGAUUUCUGCUAUUCUAUUAGGUGUUGGUUGAAAAAUAAAUAUUAGUCAUCUGUAUCACGUUUUUACAGAUGACUAAUAUAAUACCAACAAUAUUAUUUAUCACCAGUGGUCGAAAUUAGGUAGAGUUAUUCAUGUACUUACACUGAUUUCAUACAGCGAAAGAAUAAAGUGGAUAUGCCCCAAAUCCCGAGAUUAAUUUUAAAGAGCAGAAAAAAUCCGUGAUUUUUUAAAUAAAAAGUUAUUUACUUUUACACAAUUUAAACUACUGCACGCACGACGUUAAAAAACUUACAUCAAUGAAAGAAAGAAAUAAAGAAAUCCCGGGAAGGUCCACAUUAAUAUCAACAUUUCGAUGCAAGUAUAUAAAUAACUCUACCUAAUUCCGACCUCUGUCUAUCACACACUUAACAAAUAAUUUUAUAAUUAAUUAAACAUGAUAUGAGAUAUAAGGAACGAAAUCAGUGACUUUGUGCUUCUUUAAUGUUACAUAAUUACGAUAAUUUAGAUUGCACUUUAAGAGAAAUUAAUUUUGACUAAAUAUCGAAUGACCUACGACUUUUCAACAGCUCGAAUUAUUUAGUAUUAUUUAUUAGUUAAUACUAUAUAGGUAUUAAAAUUUACCAGUUAUAACGUAUUCUCAUAGCUUCAUUGUAUCUAUUGCAAUCGAUUUAAAUGUUACAUUUGAAAGAUAUUUUCGAACUUGACGCUACAACUAUUUGACAUGUAAUAGCAAUUGCGAUCGCGAUGUUUCUUUUUUAAAAGUUAUUAACCGCAACGUUUAUUUGAUGUUAAUCGGAAUUGUCUAAUUCAAGUGAUAGCUUCAAAUAUCUAUGAAAAUUAAUUGGGAAAUAUCGAACGAAAUGAAUUGUCUAUGACAUUUAUAUCAUUCAAAUCAUUAUUUUAAUUGUGACUUUAAAAUUUACACGAUUCUAUUAUUAUAAAUCAUUAUCACAGCCGCUAUACGUUUGAAAUGGAUUAAGAUAGUUUUUUAAAUUACACAAUUAAGCCACAGGUAUUACCUAUUAUCUAAGAUACACCGUUGUCCUACGCGGUCACCGCGUUGUUUCUCUUUAAACGGUUAGUUUGUGUGCACUUAAUACAAAUAAUUAUUUAGAACAAAAGUUGGCGUUUUAAUUACACAUAUUUUCUAUCUAGAUAUUAACAUCAAUAGAGUUAUAAAAUCUUGGGCCUCAUUGUCUAAUUUUUAAUCUAUCGUAAACCCUUUCAAUUUGACAUAUGAAAGAUAUACACGAACUCCACGCUACAACUAUGUGACAUGUGACAGAGAUUCCGAUGUUAA